AGACAUUGGACUUUGGACCCCUCUUAAAUUCUAAUCUACAUAUAAAUAUAUAAUAUUCAAGGUAAAAUUUACUUUUGACAAACAACAUAUAUUUACCUUGAAUAUUAAAUUUUCUUGAAUCAAGUAGAGUUAAACAAAAUUAUAAUAUGAUUAGGAUUCUGUUUAAUGCCGGUCCACCACCAGACCUCUCACUUUAAAGCUUUCUCACUCAUCAUCUUCAAAAGCUGGUAAGUAACCUUCUAUCCACUCAGCUUCUCUCUCUCUCUCUCCCCCUUCUCUGCAACUGGUUUUUAAUUUCCAUGGAGACCUCAAUUCUUCCCUCCCCAACACUUCCCACUUUCUUCUCCAUUUUUCUCCUCAUCUACCUAUCUGCAUACUUCCUACUCUUCCGCAACUGGGGCCCAAAACACCGACCAGAAGCAUCAAGCUGCCUCAUCUCUCUAUCCCACGGCACCGCCGCUGCCGCCAUGGCCGCCCACGCAAUCCUCCGCAGCCACAAAGCCACCACCUUCGCCUCCCCCAACACCCCCACCCAAAACACCGUGCUCGAAUUCAGCGUCGCCUACUUCUCCCUCGACCUCCUCCACUACCUCCUCUUCUUCCCCAACGACGUCCUCUUCAUCCUCCACCACCUCGCCACCCUCUACGUCUUCACCACCUGCCGUUACGUCGUCCGCCACGGGGCCCACGCCAUCCUUGUUCUUCUCCUCCUUGCUGAGAUCACCAGCGGCUGCCAGAACGCCUGGACCCUCGCCGGUUUUCGGAGGGCCGAUUCGCCCGCCGCCGCCAAAUUGUACGACUUUUUGUCCCCUAGAUUCUAUGCCUUGUACAGUGUUUUUAGAGGGAUUUUAGGGCCAAUGUUCAUGUACAAGAUGGGGGUGUUCUAUGUGAGCGGAGCGGCUGACCCCGUGAUCCCCAGAUGGGCAUGGGUUUCUUGGAUGGUUGUGAUUUCAGUUGCCAUUUGUCUUAGUAUUUUGUGGGUAUUGAAUCUUUGGAUUGAUUGGUGCAAAAACAAAGUGCAAAAGAAAAAGAGGUAGAAAUGCCUUGAAGGAUGCUCUGUAAUUUGCUAAUUGUAUUUGUAUGUAUCCCUAAAUGUAAAUACAUAAAUCAAAAUUGGAACCGUUAUGAUUCUCGA